AUGUUUCGGACAAAUGGACCAGCUCGUUUCCUAUCACUGACUGUAGAAAGCGCGAAUGCCCAGCAAGGCGCAAAACGAAUCCGUGUCGGCGGCUGGAAGCGCAUCAAAUUCAACCCAAAUUACUACCCGGUUCACGAGUACGGAAGCCCAAUUUCCAAGCAAAAGCCAGUCUGGCAAAAGAACCCACGGCUGCCCAACAACGCAUACAAUGUUCACAAAUUCUUCAAAACCACGAAUUUAAAGAAUGUCCAACGAAUCUACGAUGAGGAAGAGGGCGAACGAUAUUUGCGAUCAAACGAGUUUGAAUCGAGAAUGACGAUGGCAGAUGCUCAAGAGAACGCGUCGAAUAGAUUUGCCAAGGACACGGGCACUGGAGAGCAUCCUGGAAUCGUUCCACUACACACUUCGGUUAACUUCGGCCCCUUCAGCUGCCCAAUUCUCAAAUUUCUCGACGACCGCUGGGCCCAAACAAACCGCGACAAAGGCCGCCGAGGAAUGAUGCAAAACGUCAUGUAUUCAAUCCGUCAAAUUCAGCUCGAAAAAGUCGCUAAAAUGCGGAAGAAACACCAGCCAGCGCUUGACGAUUAUGCUAAGCUUGAAGAAGAUCUGCUUAUUGUCACGGACUUGAAUGUAAAUCGAAUAAAGUCGAAAUUGGCGCAGAUUUUAACAGAAGAAUCGGAAGGAAAGGAAAAGUUUCUGCCCGAUGAUAUUUAUUUACGAGUUGGGUCGUUGAGCCCAUUUGGAAAAGAAAAGGGAAAGGAAGUUGAGGAGCAUUAUCAAGAGGUUCUGGACAAGAUGGAAAAAUAUAAGAAAGCAUCUUUAUCAAUUGAAUUGGACCCCUACAAAGUCGUUAUGCAAGCAAUUGAUAAUGUCCGACCAACUAUUGAUUUCCAGCACAUACGAAAAGGCACAGUCGGACAAGUCAUCGUCGUCCCAAAGCCAAUUGAAGAAACUAGAGCCAUUGACUACGCUUUUCGGUGGAUUAUUGAAGCGACUCAGACUCCUGAUGUUACCAAAGAAUUUGCAAUCACAAAAGGUCCUCUUGCAAAAAUGAAUAUGGGAUUGGACAGAUUGGGCAAUAGAGAACGACUUGCUGAAGAGUUUUUAAGAGCUGCCGAGAGUAAAGGAUAUUCUUUUAAUAAGAAGCUUGCUCAUCAUAAAGUUGCAGAAGCCCAGAGACAAUAUGCUCAACUGUACUGGUCUGGAAAGCUAGUUAAAUAA